UGCCUGCAACAACCAAAAUCUCUGCGAAAGCGAGAGGGUGCAGGCCUGCAGUUGCUUCACCUUCGUCAUCUACUACCAUCCCUUUUCCCCCUCUUUCUUCUUUUUCGUCUUUUCGUCUGCUCCGCUCUUCCCCCCGUUGGCGUCGCGAAGAGACUCCAGGCAUUGCUUCUCCCGGCGCCGCCGCAAUCUCAUCCUUUUUUAUUUUUCGUCAUCGGUUUGCAAGACUCUGGUCAUCUCCGGCGCGAAGCGUCCUCUGGUAGAGCAAAGAUUGUGUUUUUCAUCGGCUUGGUGCCGUCUGUGAUGUGCUUCCGUUUCUUGGUCCACGGCGGUGGGCAUCUUCGUCUCCCUGGCAAUCGUUCUAUUCGGAGGUGGAGAUUUUUGGGGGUGAAUGGGGUCGGCAGAGGCUGUUCUUGAGAUCGAUUCCGACGACGAUGCGAUUCCUGUUGCUGGCAAGAUUCCCAAAGUUCCUUCUGAGUUGGCUUCGCAUCCUCGACCUCAAGACUGCAAUGGAGUUGGGGAGGGUUUAGACGAUAUUGAUCCCUCUGCCUUCAAGGAAUUUUUGGCGUCUAUGCUGGAUGACAAAAAGGCUGCAUGUGAUGUGGCUGCUGCUGAUGAUGGUGACGACGAUAAUUGCGUGGUGCUAGACGGUGACCCUGAUAAGGCGGUUGUCGUUGUUAAUGAGGAGAGACCUGGGCAAGCUGACCCAGAAGAACUGCAGAUAAUUUCAGAGAAAGGAGAGUUAGCAUGCAGGGACUUCCCCCAUCCACGCCAUCUAUGUGUUAGCAUGCUAUUCAGAACCAACUCUCGUGCAGAAUACUGUGCUAUGUGCCACUGUUAUGUUUGUGACUCUCCUGCUCCCUGCGCCUUUUGGGGCAGUGGUACAAAGCCUACUGAUCAUUGUAAUGCUACGGACAAGGAUGCAAAAUGGAAUAAAAUGAGGCAGUCAUUCAGGCACAAAAACAUGCCAGCAUCUAAGCGUAAAGGUAUCCGUAACUUUUUUCAGCCAAUCUCACCUGCAGCUUCAUUGCACCAAUAUACAGGGGAUCAUUUAUCAGUUCAACAACCAUUACCAUCAACUUUAGCUCGACAUUCUCCAGUUGGGUUUUCUAUUUCAAAUAUUGAGAGCCAUAAUCAACAGCUGAUGCAUCCGCUUAUUGGAGUUCCACGGAAUGUGGGGCAAACUGUUAUGCAAGAAGCAUCAUCUCCUAGGGCAAACAUUUCGCACAAAAGAUUCAGAAGUGAUGGUGCAGAUCCUCGAGUUUAUUCAUCCACAAAUAUUAACCAUUUGGGCUAUCCUGUCUCUAACUCUGUCCUUGUUCAGUCAGUACCAUCUGCAGCACAAUCUCAGCCAGCAUCCUCUGCAGUAUUUCAUAAUUCUCUCGGUGCUGCUAGGCCUUUACGGGGUUACUCACCUCAGAAUCCUUCCAGUACACCAGUGAUAUCUCAGGAACUCAGGGUUCACCCCACAUCACAUCAUCAGGUUGCUCCAGGUAUAUCUCAGGGACUCCAGGUUCAGCCAACAUCAUAUCUCCAGGUCGAUCCAGGCAGGGUGGUUAGUGCUGAACUGCAGCUUUCUCGAUGUUCUUCACUUCCAACCCAGGGAAUUCAAUGCCAGCAAGAUCCAUGGGCAGAUCUUAACAAAACAAAACUGAAUGAGGCACUUGCUAAUCUGGCCUCGGAGCUGGGAGUUUCUGAUUACAAUAUUGACCCACCAAUGCAUCAACAGUUGCCAAGCACUCAACCCAGUCAGCUACAUGCUCAAAUGAAGCCUGGUCAUCUACCUACUCAAGCAACGUCAAGGCACAGGGUUGAAACUAAUCGUAGUCAUGCUGCAGCAUCAUCACAAAUCAGGACGAGGAAGUGUUCGUAGACUUGGCAAAUGCUAGCUUUGGCAGAGUUUUUCGUAGCCUGCCUUACAACAGUACAACCUAGUACAAAGCUAUCUCAGGAGACUUGAACAGAUCACUCAAAGACAAAAGAUGAGUUUUAGUGCUGAUCUUUCUGAAUUGUAGCUCUGAAUUAAUGCUAAAUUUUGAGUAGAAAAUUUUUGAUGAGAGUCAUUUGUCUGAUCUAUAUCCAUUUUUUU